CGAACCUCGCCAGCUUUUCUGACUUCCUCCAGAUACUGAAGCUUGAAGAGCCAAUGAUAAAAGUGCGUAUUCGUACAUUAUAUAGGGGUUGAUGGGACCGGCCCGUACCCCGACCUCUUUAGAAAUAAACAAGCCAAAGCAACGCUGAACUCUUGAAAUCUUUUUGAUUCUUCUGUACUUCGUACUGCUCAUCUACCAUGCAAAGCGACGACGUGAUAUGGUCUGUCAUCAACAACCAGUUCUGUUCCUACAAAGUCAAAACUGCAACACAAAAUUUUUGUCGAAACGAAUACAAUGUAACGGGAUUCUGCAACCGACAGUCUUGUCCUUUGGCGAACUCUCAGUAUGCAACAAUUAGGGAGAAAGAAGGUGUUUUGUAUCUGUACAUGAAGACCAUAGAACGCGCACAUUCACCGGCACAUAUGUGGGAGAAAGUAAAACUGUCAAAUAACUAUACGAAGGCUCUUGAGCAGAUCGACAGUGAGCUGAUAUAUUGGCCAAAUUUCGUCAUUCACAAAUGCAAGCAGCGUGUAACGAAAAUCACGCAGUACCUUAUCAAAAUGCGCCGACUACAGCUACGCCAACAGCCUAAGCUCAUUGGGGUAAAGAAAAAAUUGGAUCGUCGGGAAGCUGUUCGGGAAAGAAAGGCGCUUUCUGCUGCUCAUCUAGAACGCUCAAUUGAGAAAGAACUCAUUGAACGUCUGAAAUCAAAAGCAUACGGUGAUGCACCGCUUAACGUCAACGAGACGGUUUGGCAGGCCAUCCUUGACCGGGAAAAGAAUGGAGAGAGCUCGAAGGAUGCCGAAGACACGCUGGAGAUGCUGGCGGAUGAAACGGAUGAGGAAGACGAGGAAGAGCUUGAAGAAGAAAUGGAUGAUGAUUGGGGCGACCGGGAGUUUGUCAGUGAUAUCAGCGGGGACGAAGAUGACGAUGGUCUGAGUGAUCUGGAGGAAGCUGCUGACGAGGAUUCUGAAGGCGAGGGACAAGACGAUGAGGAUGAUGAUGGCUCCGCUAGCGAGUCAAGAGAAAAUGUCGGGCCUAAAACAUCUCUUGGAAAACGGAAAGCACCGCCUCCAUCCUCGUCGAAGCCUACGCGCAAACGACCAGACAAAAAGACAAAAAAGGGUCCCCGCGUGGAAGUCGAAUACGAGCAGGAGGUGGAGAGUGUUCCGUUCUCUAUGGCAAAUUGGUGACACUUGGAUUAUUGAAUCUUCUUUCAUCUAUCAUCGAUUUAUACCGGCGCCUUUUGCAUUGCUCGUGCUGCCAGCCAGACAGCAACCCAGUCUAAUGUCCGGUGCAUUUACAUAUUUCCUUUACAGUACUUUAGUGAAUUGCUGUUGCGGCUACUUCUAAGAAAUG